UCAUGUCCACACUAUCACACUAUUUCGAUUACUCGGGCUUAAAUAACCCAUUUAAUAAAAUCUACAUCACAUCAAAGUUCGACAACAAUCAUUAUAUCACAAUUUUCGUUUUUGUGAUUGCACAUUUACACAAAGUUUUUUUCCCACGAAACAAACGAAAUACGGACCAAAUCGAUGGGACCACAUUUGCUGUCUCAAUUCACACUCUCAUCAAACAAUUCCAUAACAAAUUAAACGAAAGUUUUAUCAACUUAUUAAGUGAUUAUAUCACACAAUUGACUAGAUACAACAUAAGUGUUAAAAGCACCGACUUGCCUUUAGAAGUAUCCCUAGCCAUGAGUUUCCUUGAAACGUUCACGAAUUACUCCGAGGCGUCCCGAAAGUGUCUCAAAGAAGCAAUUCCCGAUGAAAUUUUACAUUUGCAACAAACUCUAAUCGCGUCUUCUUCGUAAAUCAAAUAAAAAUAAUCAAUCAGU